AUGUACCCAUUUUUCAAACAAACUCAGUCUCUUCACUCCUCACUUUCUCAUUGUUCUACUCUCCUACACCACUCUUUAUCUCAUAAAUCCUCUAACUUUCUCAAAACAGUCCAUGCCCACUUCCUCAAAUUGGGUCUUAACACAUAUACAUAUCUGGGUAAUCGUUGUAUCGAUCUUUAUACCGAAUAUGGCCACAUUAAUGAUGCCUUGAAGGUGUUUGAGGAUAUUUCUUAUAAGAAUUCCACUUCCUGGAACAUUUGCUUGAAAGGGUUGUUCAAAAGUGGCCAGAUCGGCAAGGCCCGCCACAUGUUUGAUGAAAUGCCUGUUAGAGAUGUUGUUAGUUGGAACACUAUGAUUUCGGGCUAUGCUUCUUGUGGGUUUUCUAGUCAUGCCUUGGAGCUUUUUGUUGAAAUGCAAAGUGUUGGUGUGAGACCGAGUGUGUUCACUUUCUCAAUUUUGACGUCGGUGGUGUUGAGUCCUUGUCAUGCUAAGGAGGUUCAUGGUAGGAUGAUUAGAAGUUGGAUGGAUUUGUCUAAUGUGGUGAUUGGAAAUUCGUUGAUAACUAUGUAUGCGAAGUUUGGUCUCGUUGAUUAUUCUUUUGGCGUGGUUUUUAGUAUGAAGCAGCUUGAUGUUAUAUCUUGGAACUCUUUGAUAUGGGCCUGUCAUAGAGCUGGACGCCAAGAGCUUGCUUUAGAGCAGUUCUGUUGCCUGAGAGCUGCUGAGUUGUUGCCUGAUCAGUUUACAUGUUCGUCGUUGAUGAGUGUCUGUUCCAGCUUGCGAGAUUUGGAAAAGGAUUGGACGACGCUGUGCGAUGCUCUUCAGCUCUUUGUGCUGACCUUGAGGAAGAAUAUCAGACCAACGGAAUAUACUGUUAGCUGUCUUCUGAGUUCUGUUUCUGUUUUCUUGCCAGUAGAACUGGGUAAUCAAAUACAUGCUUUGGUUCCUAAGUUGGGGUUCCAGUCAGAUACAGUUGUUGCCAAUUCACUUGUUGAUAUGUAUGCUAAAUUUGGAUUUAUUGACGAUGCCUUGAAUAUCUUCAACGAAAUGAAAGCAAAAGAUUUGGUAUCAUGGAACACUAUAAUGAUGGGACUGUCUUACAAUGGUAGAGUGUCUGUGACCAUGGAUCUCUUCAAGGAAAUGAUAAGAGAAGGAAUGCGACCCGAUCAAAUAACAUUUAAGGCAGUUCUACUAGCAUGCAACUAUGGGAGUUUGGUUAAUGAAGGAACUAAGAUAUUUUCUCUAAUGGAAAUGGAAUUUGGAGUAAAACCAGAGGAAGAACAUUAUUCAUAUGUUGUAGAGAUUGUAUGUAGAGCUGGUAAAGUCAAAGAAGCCAUUGACAUUGUGGAAAAAAUGUCGUGUGGAACCACCCCUGACAUUUGGAGGUCAAUUAUUUCUGCGUGUGCAAGAUAUGGAGACUUGCAAGCUACUGAAAUAGUUGCAACAAAAAUAAUGGAGAGGUCACCACAGACAUCCUUACCAUACUUGGUGUUGGCUCAGGUAUAUCAGAUGAGUGGUCGUUGGGAGAGCACGGUUCGAGUGAGGAAGGCUAUGCAACAUAGAGGUAGUAAAGAGCUCAUUGGAUACAGUUGGGUGGGAAUAAAAAACCAUUUGGAGGGGAAUACGGAUAUUUGA